AUGAAGGCACUGGUGAAAAUGCCACCCUCCUCCGAGUUGCCUGAGCUGGUGUUCCUCACCAACUCUGCUGUCUCCGUCUUGCCCAACGACCUGACGAGCCUGCCCGUCAUGGCGCCUUUGUGGGGUUUGGCACGCGCCUUGCGCGCUGAGCGGCCAGAUCUGAAGGUCGAAGUCCUGGACUUGGCGCUCUCGGAGGUGGAAUUGCCAGCACUGCUGCCGCUGCUGCGCCAGGACCCUGAGCUGGCAGUGCGUGAGGGCCGACGCCUUGCGCCACGUUUGGCCGAUGCCACGGCGGCGAUGCCUGAAGUGAGCCCCGCAUCGUUCGAGGGCUGCCACCUUUUGAGCGGCGGCACCGGUGCCUUGGGCCUGGUCUUUGGCGCUUGGCUCGCUGAGAAGGGUGCCAGGCACUUGGCGCUCAUGUCCCGUUCCGGGCGCGUUACCGAUGAGAGUUUGCUCGGCCUGUUCGAGAAGGUCCAAAAGCUGGCCGAUGUCCAUGUCUUGAAGGGCGAUAUUGCCAAGAAGGAGGAUGUGAAGACGGUCAUGCAGCAGGCCAACAAGCUGGGCAAGCUGAAGGGACUGUGGCACGCAGCAGGGAUCUUGGACGAUCACCUGAUGGCUGACUUGCAGCAGGAACAUCUGCAAAACGUUUUGCUGCCAAAGAUGGACGGUACACUGCACUUGCACAACCAUGCCAAAGAGAUGAAAUUGGAGCUGAGCCACUUCGUGCUCUUCUCGUCCGUGGCAGCCAUGCUUGGCACUGCUGGACAGGGCAACUACUGCGCCGCGAACGCUUUCCUGGAUGCCUUCGCCGCCUAUCGCCGGCAACAUGACCUGCCAGCUGUCUCCGUGCAGUGGGGACCAUGGGCCGAGGUGGGCAUGGCCGCGCGUGCAGGGACCUCUGAAAGCGUGGUCUUGCGUAUUGCGCUCCAAGAGGGCUUGCAAGCCAUGGACAACAUUUUGGGCGCCCAAGCGACUUCACACCUGGGUGCCUACGUGGGCGUGGCCCGGAUCAAGUGGCGCUCCUUCUUGGCACAGAUGCCAAGGUUGCCCAGCUUCUUGGAGAACUUCCAACAGUAUGCUCCGAAGGAUGCAAAGAAGGGCGGUUUGGUGGCGAAGGGCGCAGCGCCUUCAAGAGAUCUGGUGAGGAUCGGCAUUGAGAACGUAUUGAAGGAAGUAUUGGGCGAUGACAGCUUGGAGGACUUCUCUUCGCCUUUGAUGGACAUGGGAUUGGACUCUUUGGCGGCUGUGGAGUUCCGCAACCGCGUGCAGGCCUCCUUCGAAGGGGUCCGACUGAGCUCUACGGUCAUGUUCGACUACCCUACAGUGGCGGACCUCACAGACUUCAUCCUCUCCCAGUUUGCCCCCGACGAUGAUGCCGACGGCGCUGUGCUGGGCGGCGACUUGUCCGCUGCUCGGGAGCCCUUGAGCAUGCUGGGCCUGGCGGGACGCUAUCCAGGCAUGAGCGCACAGAACGAUGUCUCAGAGUUCUGGAGCUUCCUCCUCAGUGGACAAGACCCGAUCUGUGAGAUCCCCAUCGAACGCUUCGAUGUCGACGAGCUCUUUGAAGAAGAUCGUGGUGUGCCUGGGAAGGUCUACGUCCGCGAGGGUGGUUUCAUCCCUGGCGUGGAGGAGUUCGACGCGGCCUUCUUCGGCAUCGCCGAGCCGGAAGCCCGGUCCAUGGAUACCCACCAGCGCCUGCAGACAGAGACCGCCUAUGAGAGUUUCUACAACAGUGGCUUCACUAAAGAGACCUUGGCCAAUGUGGAGUGCGGUGUCUUUAUGGGUUGCUGCACUCUCACAGGCAUCACUGUGGACUACGAGGACAUUGGGCCGUUUACCAACAUCGGCUCUGGUCUGAGCGGCAUGUCUGGACGCAUCUCCCACGCGUUGGGACUGCGAGGCCCCUGCUUCACCAUCGACACUGCCUGCUCAUCCACCCUGGUGGCGAUGGACUGUGCGGUACAGGCGUCCAGGCUGGGACGUCAAGAGUUGGCUUGCGUAGCGGGCACCAACCUGCAGCUCCGCACCGACAUGUGGGUCGGUUUCUGCAAGAUGACCGGUCUUGCGGGCGAUGGCCGCUGUAAGACCUUCGACCAAUCGGCCGAUGGCUUUGGGCGCUCGGAGGGCUCCGGCUCGGUGAUUCUCCGAUUGAAAGCUGCGGCCAAUGCGAAGGGCGAGAGUGGGCUGACGCUGACACGAGGCAGCUGCGUGAACCAGGACGGUCGCUCUGCCACCAUCACUGCACCCAGCGGCCCAGCGCAGCAGCGCGCCUUGCAAAACUCCCUGAGGGAUUCAGAGCUGUCAGCGCUGGAGGUAUCUUUGGUGGAGUGCCAUGGCACUGGCACCGCACUAGGAGAUCCCAUUGAGGUGGGUGCUCAGGAGAAGAUCUAUGGCAAGGACCGCGCAGACCAGGACCAGCUGAUUUUGGCGGCGGCCAAAUCGGUCAUCGCACACCUGGAAGGUGCCGCCGGCGUCGCGGGCAUCACCAAGCUUGUCAAAAUGCUGGAGCACAAGAUGGUUCCGCCCAAUUUGCACCUCAAGAAGUUGAACCCCAACAUCGACUUGUCAAACUUCGCUUGCUGCAUUCCGGACAAAGUCAUGGACUGGGCAGUGACCGGAAGUCGCUGUGCUGGUGUGAGCUCCUUCGGAUUCAGCGGCACCAACUCGCAUGUCAACCUGCAGGAGGCGCCGACGGAAGAGCUCCAAGCGACCCUGCAACAGUUGGGUGAGCGGCCGGUGAUGAGCUGGAGCCGCAGCGAUUUGUCCUACAAGGACUGGGCUAAGCAGUUGUGGUGGGGCAUCUCAUGGCAGCCGCUGCCCGCAAGCACGGCAACCGUCAACGAGGAGUGGCUGGUGCUUGGUGGCGGCUCACUGGUGAAAGAUGCAGCAGAGAAGGUGCUGCCCAAGGCUACAGUGUUGGGCAUGGAAUGCUUGGCAAGUACCGAGAAAGUGGACGAGCUUUUGGCAAAGCCAUACGCUGGCCUCAUUUUCGCAGAGGCGCUGAAAGCCGAGGACCCCACGCUGCAAGGGCCUACCUUGGCGUCCUUGCUUCGCUUGGUCCAAGGCCUGGCCCUGAAGUCUUCCACCAAGCUGCUCCUCCUGACCUCGGGCGCUCAGUCUGCCGUUGGUGGCGCCGUGGGCCGUGGUUUGCUGGGCGCCGGCGUAUGGGGCUUCGCGCGGUCAGUGCGCUUGGAAGUUCCUCAUGUUCAACUGAAGAUUGUGGACCUCCCUGCUGACCAAUCCCUUGCAGAGCUUUUGCCAACAGAACUUUGCCCUGCCUGGGCCAGCGACGAGGAUGUGGCCGCGCAGCAGGCAGAAAUCGCCUAUAUCAACGGUGAGCGCUGUGCGCCGCGGCUCCGCACCACCCCCGUGCCAGCGGGCAGCAAGCGGUUGGAGCCUGAUGGCAGUUGCUUGAUCAGUGGCGGCUUCGGAGGUCUUGGACUUUCUAUUGCCCAGGAGUUCCUGCAAAUGGGCGCCAAGACCUUGAUCUUGGUCUCCCGCAGUGGCCGCGUUGCGGCCGGCGAUGCCCAGCUGCAGGAGAUGUUCGAUGCCCUCAGCGCGUCUGGCGACGUCACAGUGCACGCGUGGUCCUGUGAUGUGGCGGAUGGUGUGAAGACCAAAGAGAUGUUGAAGAAAGCGAAAGCAUUGGAUGUUCCUUUGCGCAACGUGGUUCACGCCGCUGGCAUCAUUGACUUUUGCGAAGUCGGCAAGCUCACUGUGGAAGGCAUGAACUCCGUCUUCAAGCCGAAGGUCUCAGGCGCUUGGAACCUUCACAGUGGCAUCGAUGCUCAGGAUGCCAAGGAGAUGCACUCCUUUGUACUUUUCUCGUCAGUCUCAGCCUUGAUUGGAUUGUCGUCUGGCAUCACCUACUCGGCCUCCAACGCCUACCUGGAUGGACUGAGCUUGUGGCGUCGAUUUGAGCAACUGCCCUGCAGCAGCCUGCAGUGGGGCCCCGUGGCCGAGCUGGGCAUGGCAGCCAAGGGCGAGGCUCACGGCGCCUCUGAUUCGGCUCUGAAACUCAUCAGCCCGAAGCACGUGCGGAAUGCCUUCCAGCGAGUGCUUGCCAAGCCUUCACUGCCCAGCAGCCUGCUUUUCGCACGCGCAGACUGGUCACGCUUUAUGCAGCAGGUGGGCACGGUUGUGCCCGUGCUGGUGGAGUCACAGGCACGAGAAAGCGCAGGUGCUCCUGGAGGAGGUGCGCUCGAAGCCUUGCAAGGCUUGUCUCCUGAUGCACUGCAAGGCAAGCUGCUCUCCAUCGUUUUGGACGUGGCUCAGGGGGUUUUGGGCGAACAACUGGAGGAGGACGCACCGCUCAUGGAGAGUGGCCUUGAUUCCUUGUCGGCUGUGGACUUCCGGAACCAGGUGGCGAAGCAAUUGCCUGGAUUGAAGCUGCCGAACACCUUGAUGUUCGACUAUCCCAGCCCACAGGCCAUCGCCAAGUACGCCACAGCCCAAUUGGCUCCAGCCGCCGCUGCUCCCACGGCUGCACCGGCACGCGCGCCGCUUGUCGGGGCUGCGGAGCGAGGGCCAUUGGCGGUGCUCUCCAGCGCCUGCCGUUUCCCUGCUGGUGGCGAUGAUCCAGACGUUUUCUGGACUGCUUUGGUGCAGAAGACAGAUGGUGUCAGUGAGAUCCCCUAUGACCGAUGGGACGUGGAUGAGUACUUCGACCCCUCUCCCAACGCGGUGGGCCGCAUGUACGUGCGCCAUGCUGCUUUCAUUCAAAACGCGGACUGCUUUGAUGCCAUGCUGUUUGGUAUCUCUGGAGCGGAGGCAGCCAGUAUGGAUCCACAGCAGCGUCUCCUACUGGAGAUCGUUCAGGAGGCCUUCUCUGCUUCCAAGGGCUUGUUGGCGGUGGGUGGGGACAGCUCGCCUCUCACCAACAAAGACAUUGGCAGCUUCGUGGGUGAAUGCAACAACGAUUGGGGUCACUUCAAGAAUUUGAAGACUGAGAAGAUGAAUCCCUUCAGCGGCACGGGCGGUUCGAUGUCCAUCUCCUCUAACCGCUUGGCCUAUGUCUUUGGCUUCCGUGGCCCCAGUGUCACCUCCGAUACGGCUUGUUCCUCCUCCCUGGUGGCGCUUGACACUGCCUGUGCCAACAUUGGUCGUAACCGCUGCAGCGCCUCUGUGUCAGCAGGUGUCAACAUGAAUCUGUUGCCUGGGCCCUUCGUGGCUUGCUGCCAGGCGAAGAUGCUCUCGGAGGGCGGUCGUUGUAAGACCUUCGAUGCCUCGGCAGACGGCUACUCUCGAGGCGAAGGCGCUGGCACCAUCCUCAUCCGCCGUUUGUCGGAGCUGGCUGAGCAUGGCCUGUGUGCUAUCAGCGGCACUGCUGCAAACCAGGACGGAAGGAGCUCGUCUUUGACAGCACCCAAUGGCCCGGCACAGCAGGAGGUCAUUUGGACAGCCUGGCAAGAGGCUGGCGAAACACCAGGCACAGCCGACUUCAUUGAGACUCACGGCACGGGCACUGGCUUGGGCGAUCCCAUCGAGGUGGGCGCCUUGUGCAGCACCUUUGGUGUUCAGCGGAGUUCCUCGCUCUACGUGGGCGCUGUGAAGACCAAUGUCAGUCACCUCGAGGGUGCUGCGGGCAUCGCAGGGCUGCUGAAGGCGAUCACUGCAAUGCAGCAUCAUCAAGUGCCUCCAAACUUGCAUUUGGCCAAGUUGAAUCCACACAUUGACGUGGAAGAGGUGGACAUGGUCUUCCCAACAGAGUCCAUGGUUCAGCUCUCGCAGGAGUUGCGAGAGACCUUGAAGUCCUUCGGCCUCUCCUCUUUCGGCUUCGGCGGCACCAACACCCACGUCAGUGGCCGCGCUGCAGACACCGAGGCAGUCGCGACAGCUCCAGCGCAGGAGAUGCUGAAGGGACCAACUUUAUGCAUCUCUUGGAGCUUCAGAUGGCAGAAAGUUGACAAUCGCCUGAACCAUGCAGCUUCCUUGUCCCCCGAAAUGAAAAGCUUGGGAACAUGGCGGCUGUGCCCAUCCCCUUCACCGGAGGAGAAGAUCGUUUUCAACCGACAACGCUUUGGUUGGUCGCAGACAAAGCAUCCCUUGUCGGUGCAACCGCGGCGAGGCGAUGGUGGUGUCAUGGUCUUUGCUGCUCCCAUCAAGGGAAAGGUGCUCCAGCUGCUCUCGCAUCACAUCAUCUAUGGCGAGAUUGUGGUGCCAGGUGCGACUUACAUCGAGAUGGUGAUUGCCACCUCCGCCUUCCGGUUGGACAUGGCUGGGAAGAAGUUUGCCCUGGAGAAUAUCGGCUUCCAAAAUCCGCUAGUUUUGCGGCCUUCCAAUGAUGACAAGGUCAAUCCGGAGCUCAAUCCUGGAGUGGACCUCUACUUGCAGAUUCAGGAGAACACAGGACGUUGGUCUAUGAGCUCUGUGGAGCAUGGCACCAGCGACGUGAUCAAUACCCACGCAGAGGGCAGCGUGAGCUUCUUGGGUCCCAAGGCAACAUCUUCAGCGGCCGAGCUGAGACAAUUGCCGCUGGAAGAAAUCCGAGGGCGGUGUCCUGAAGAAGUGGAGGAUGCACGCAUGUAUGUGCCUUUCGCCAACAUCGGUCUCCCACUCCAACCUCGUUUCCGUACUGUGCGCACCAUCAAGCGCUCUGAGGACGAGAUUAUUGCCUGGGUGGCGGCGCAAGAGGACGGCACCAACGCCGGUUUCAUUUUUGGUCCAGCGGUCAUUGACGGAUCCUUCCAAGCAAGCUGUGCCUUCCAAAACUUGGAGGCCUUGCCGAGCUUGAGGAUUCCCUUGUCCAUCGACAAAGUGCAGCUCAUGGGCCAAGGCUUCUCCCCCAAGGUUUGGGUCCACCAUGUGCUGCUGGACAAUGGCGAGAAGCAGAUGGAGACGAAUGUGCAGCUGGCCAGAGACGACUUGACUGUGGUCAUGACUAUGGACCGCAUGCGCUUGCGUGAAGUGAGGCCUGAGCAUAUUGCAAAAAUGUUGGCCGCCAGUGCAGGGGAUGCGGACGAGGACUUACUGGAAGUGGCUUGGGUGCCAAUGGAGAAUGCUCCCACAAAAGACCUGAUGCUGCCCAAGGCUUUGCUCUUUGUCGGCGCUGACAUGGAGCUGGAGAAGGCCUUGGCCACGGAAUUCCCCGAUGCCAGCUUUGUGGAAGGCACCAAGGAGGCCCUGGCAGUGCAGAUGAAGGAACCACAUGGGGCCAUCAUCCACGCGGCUGCGCUUUGUGAAACUCCCGAGAUGGAGGCCUUGCAGUCGGCCUUGUUCGUGGCGCAAGUGGCCAUGGAGAUGGCUUCUGCACGACAAAGCGUGCCACCCAUUUGGUGGGUCACCAAGGGCACACAGGACCAGGUCACUCAAAGCUACGUGCACGGCGGGCUUUGGGGGUUGGCGCGCACCUUCCGGAUGGAGGAGCGCAACGUGCAACUGAGGUGUUUGGACUUGGACGACUCAGCGAGUUCUCCAGCGACUUUGGCCACACAGCUGAAGCAUUGGCUCACGCAGCUGCAGAAGAGCGAGGCUGAGACAGAAGUGGCCAUUGCCCAGGAGGCCUCGACGGUCUCAAGACUCACACGAGCGGAGAAGGCGCUGCCGCUGAAGGCUGGGGAGCUGCUGAUGUCCUCCCGUGGAAGCCUUUCCAACUUGAGGCCGGUCCUGCAAGAGUCCCGGCAAGCUCCAAAGGCCAGCGAAGCGGAGAUCCGUGUGCGUGCGGUGGGGCUGAACUUCCGAGAUGUGCUGAACGUCAUGGGUCUCUAUCCGGGAGACCCUGGGCCUCCAGGAGCUGACAGUGCAGGCACUGUGCUGUCCACUGGCACAGAGAUCACCCACAUCCGACCGGGAGAGGACGUCUUUGGUGAGUCUCCGGGCUGCCUGCGGCGCUACAACUGCGGCCCAGCGGCGCUUUUGUCGCCUAAGCCGGACUCCUGGUCCUUCGAGGAGGCCUGUUGUAUGCCAGUGAUCUUUGUUACGGUGGAAGAGGCCCUGGGUGACCUAGCGCAACUGAAACGUGGCGAGAAGGUCCUCGUGCACGCGGCCGCUGGUGGCGUGGGCCUGGUGGCCAUCCAAUACGCCUUCCACGUCGGUGCGGAGGUCUAUGCCACUGCAGGCGCCGAGGAGAAGCACGAGUUUUUGCGUUCCAUGGGUGUGAAGUACAUCACCAGCAGCCGCAAUGGCGCCAAGUUUGAGGAGGACAUGAAGAACUUCCUGAAAGAUUCUGAUGGUUUGGAUGUUGUGCUCAACAGCUUGAGCCACGACGAUUACAUUGGCCGGUCCUUGGCAAUGCUGAAGCCUGGGGGUCGCUUCAUGGAGAUUGGCAAGAGAGGAAUUUGGAGCCACGAGCAGAUGUUUGAAGCCCGGCCUGAUGUGAUGUAUGAGAAGAUUGCAGCAGACACCAUGAUGGACUUGGAGCCUUGGCGCUACAACGCCUACAUGAAACGUUUGGUCACACGUGUGGAGGAAGGUGGCUUGUCACCGAUCAACAUGCACAUCUUUGAGGGCAUCGACAAUGGUGUUAAUGCAAUGCAGUUCCUUCAGCGUGCCAAGAACAUUGGAAAGGUGGUCAUCAGUCAACCAAGCACCAUGGAUCUCAAGGCAGAUGCACACUAUGUGCUCUCCGGUGGCAUGGGAGCACUUGGCAUGGUUACAGCGCAAUACCUUCUCGAGGAGGGUGCAAAAUCCAUGUCGCUCCUCUCUCGCAGCGGAAAGCCUUCUGCGGACAUCGUUGACCUUUGGGAGAAGCUGCAGGCCUCGAGCUUGGAGAUCUCUGCGAGAAGCUGUGACAUCGCCUCCAUGGAUGCAGUGAACCAGUUGGCCUUGCAGUUGAAGGGCCUACCACGUGUCGGAGGGCUGGUCCACCUGGCGGCCGUCCUAGAUGAUGCCACAAUGCCAAAGCUCACCCGUGGCCACCUGGAGCGCUCCUAUGGCGCCAAGGUUUGGGGUGCACGGCACUUGCGGUGCGGCCUCUCGGAUAGCGAGAAGCCUUGGGACUUUGCAUUGCUCUUCUCAUCGACCUCGGCCUUACUAGGAUCUCCAGGGCAGGGCAACUACUCUGCGGCGAAUGCCGCUCUGGAUGGUCACGCGCGCUAUUGGAAGCAAGUGAUGCAGGAGAACGUCAUCUCCGUCCAAUGGGGACCCUGGCGAGAGGUUGGCAUGGCGGCCCAGAAGGGUACAGUGGAACGGUUGCGUGCCAGUGGUGUAGGCGCUUUGAGCAACGCCUUCGGCAUGGCGGCGCUCGCAGGCUGCCUCAAGCCUUCUCCAAGCACUACCUUGGUGGCACAGCCAAUGCGCUGGGCCGUGUACCUCAAGCAAUACCCGAAGAUUCCACCCUUCCUCUCGCGCUUCGCCAGCGAGGUGAAGACAGUCAAGCCUAAGGCCAAAGCCGCACCAGCUAUGGGCGCCAUGGGCGCUGCUAUGGGUGCGGCACCGGUGCCGCAGGUGGACAAGGCAUCGCUGAAGCAGAUGCUGCAGCAGAUCGCCUCCGAGGUGGCAGGUGGCGGUGCCAUCGACUCCGAGACUCCCUUGAUGGACUCAGGUAUGGACUCUUUGUCUGCGGUGGAGUUCCGAAAUCGCUUCACUGGAAAGAUGCCAGGAGUCAACCUGCCAAACACUUUGAUCUUCGACUAUCCUACAAUCUCAUCAAUUGCUGAUUUCACUGCGAGCCAGAUGGGUCCUGCACCGGCAGCGGCAAUGCCUGGAUACCCCCCCAUGCCAGUGGCCGCCGGGCCAUCUGCAGCAGAGGUCAAGCAGCUCUUGAAGAGGAUUGCGUCGGAUACCACUGGCGGUGCUGUCGAGGACGAGAAACCGUUGAUGGAGUCAGGCAUGGACUCGCUUUCGGCGGUGGAGUUCCGGAAUCGCUUGGCCACGGAGUUGCCCUCUUUGGACCUUCCCAACACGCUGAUUUUCGACUACCCCACCAUCUCCAGCGUGGCCGGCUAUGCAGCCGAACAGCUGGGAGCGGUCACCAUGGCCAUGCCAUCAGCUAUGGCAGGAGUCCCCAUGAGCUCCGGUGGCGGAGCACUAGAUCAGCAACUCUCGGUGACGGGCAUGGCUUCCAACUUCCCUGCAGCCGCCUGGACCACACCAGCCUUUGGGUGCGCGAUCACCCAGGGCGUAGAUGGCUUGGUGGAGGUGCCUUUCACACGCUGGGAGUUGGAGGAGGUUUGGGACCCGAACCCUGACGCUCAGGGCAAGAUGUAUCCACGCCACGGCGCCUUCAUCGAGGGUGUGGAAGCCUUCGAUGCCAAGUUCUUCGGCAUUUCGCCGCCUGAGGCCAGAGCGAUGGAUCCGCAGCAGCGGCUCUUGCUGGAGAGUUCCGUGAACAGUUUGCUGGACUCUGGCUUCGACAAGGCAUCCCUUAUGGGAAAAGAGGUGUCAGUGCAUGUGGGCUUGGCCAACAAUGAUUGGAUCCAGAUGCAAUCUUGGGACUUCAAGAAGAUCAGCCCCUACACCGCCACAGGCAUGUCCUUCUCAGUGUCUGCUGGACGUAUCUCCUAUGCCUUGGGCCUGAAGGGCCCCUCUUACAUCGUGGACACUGCUUGCUCAUCUGCUUUGGUGGCGCUGGACUGCUCGGCCACUGCACUGCGCAAAGGCCGUUGCAGCAGCGCAUUGAACACUGCGGCCAACGUCAUGGCGAGCCCGACCACGUACAUCAGCUUCAGCAAGCCUCGAAUGCUCUCCGCCACCGGGCGCUGCUUCACCUUCGACGCAUCCGCAGAUGGCUAUGCGCGCGGCGAAGGCUGCGGCGCAGUGGUGUUGCAGCUGCCGAGCGAAGCGCAGCAGGCAGCGCAGACGGCAGCGGCCCCCUUGGCCACCUUGGAGCGAUGUGGACUCUUCGGAGUUGCUGUGAACCAGGACGGCCGCAGCUCGACGCUGACGGCGCCCAAUGGCCCGUCACAGGCCACGGUCAUGCGGGUGGCCUUGGCGGAAGCCAAGUUGGCGCCUGAAGAGGUGGUGCACAUGGAGUGCCAUGGCACAGGCACUCCUUUGGGCGAUCCUAUUGAAAUUGGCGGCUUGAAAUCUAUCAACGCUUCCAGGACGGAGGACCGGCCCUUGAUCUUGGCAGCGGUGAAGUCAAACUGUGGGCACUUGGAGGGUCCAGCCGCUUCGACAGGACUGAUCAAGUCGGUGGCUUUGAUGGAGCACUUGUCCUCCAUGUCGUCCAUCCAUCUUUGCACGCUGAACCCCAGCAUUGCCGCGUUGUCCGACCUGCCGGCGCUCUUCGCCACGGAAUCGCUGCCCAUGGCCAGCAAGGUGCUCAGCCGACUGGGUGGUGGCUUGUCAUCCUUUGGCUUCGGCGGCACCAACGCCCACGGGGUGGUCUCCUGCUGCACUGAGGCAGCCCAAGCUUUCCGUCAACAGCUGGCAGAUCUCCCAGUGCAUGCCCGUGUGGAUGCGCGUCCCACACGGUUGGCGGCAGCAGUUUUCGAGAAGAAAAACUUCCCAUGGCGAGAGGUGGGCUUCCGCUUCCUCCGCGCCAAGCCAAGUGAAGGUAUCUUCGAGGUGGCCAUGCGCAUGGACGUCUACGACGUGGUGAAGCACCACGUGGUUUUCGGCUCGAUUGUGGUGCCCGGCGUGGUCUUCGUGGAGAUGGCACUGGAGGCCACCCGCGAGCUCUUUGGCCCUGGUGUACGCAUCACUGACGUGAACAUGAUGUUCCCCUUCGUGGUGCCUUUACGCCACACCGGCGCGGAGCCCGCGGCCAUCAUGCGUUUCGUGCUGAAGAGCGAGACACGUUUCCAGAUUGAAAGCACAUCCGGCACGGGCACGGUCACCGUGCAUGCGGAGGGUGGCAUCAACAAGUCGCCUUUACGCGGAGAGGAAGCCGAGAUAGACCAGGCGGCAAAGGCGAACCCUGUGGACUUGGAGGAAUUGAGAUCCCGGAUCGAUGAGGUUGUUCCCACCAAGGAUGUGUACGCCGCCAUCGAUGGUGUUGGCCUGUAUUUGGGGCCCAUGUUCCAAACGGCGAAGCAGCUUUGGCGGAAAGAGCCUGAGGAAGGAAGUGAGAGCAAGCACAUUGACAUCCGAGGAUUGAAGCUUGAUGACGGUGUGCCCAAUGUGGGAUAUGUCUUGCAUCCAGCUGUUUUUGACGGAACCAUCCACAGUUUGGGCACUGCCUCUGUGGGGAAGAACGUGAACGAUUUGAAGAUCUUUGGAGGUGUUGGGCGUGUCUCCAUCAUCCAGACGGAAAACUUUUCACAGAACGACGAGUAUUGGAUUUGGCUGAGCAUCAAAGAGAAGUUGGAAGCUUCAGAGACUUUUGACCUCAAGGUCAUGUCCACCACGGGCACGGUGCUGAUGCUCAUGGACAACGUGGUCUUCCGGAAGGUCUUGCCUGAACAGAUUCAGAUGGCCAUCGCUGCACAGUCUACACCAGAGGAUGACCAGAAGAUCUACGAGAUCGAGUGGCAGCCUGUGGCUGAGGAGGAAGCGCCAGAGUUGGAGAAUGAGAAGUGGCUUGUGCUUCACCAUCAAGCUUCCAACGGCUUCCUUGAUGGUCUUCGGGAACAUUUGGGCGAUCAUUGCUAUGCCAGCCUGAUGGAUGAAGACAGCUGGGGCAAACUCACAGAUUACAACAGGAUCAUUUCCCUGGCGGGUGCAGUGGCUCUACCUCAACAUGCCCAAGCAGCAGCGCAGCAGGUUUUGGACGUAUUGGAUGCUACCAUGCGCCUGAUGCAGGCUGUGGCACGGGAGGCGCCUGAGGGCCCCUUGUGCCUCGUGACCUCCCUGGCCAAUGCAGUGCUGGACGAGGACUUGGCAGAGACCACUACAGUAGCCAGCCAUGCAGGGCUUUGGGGCUUGGCCAAGGCCUUCCGAAAUGAACACCCAGAACUGCCAGCUGCCCUCACCUUGGAUCUGGAGGAAGCCGUUUGCAGGUCUCCGCAGCAGCUGGCCGAACAGCUGCAGUUCGUGGCCGCGAAGGGCACGGCUGAGCCAGAACUGGCUCAGCGGUACCAUGAAGGCAGCUUGAAGCUUUGGAUGCCACGCUUGGCAGAUUGCACGCAGCGCUUGCAGCAGGUGGAGAAGGAGUCACCACGCUUCGAUGAGGAUGCCAUGUAUGUGGAGCCUUGGCUGCCUUGGCUCAGUGGUGGUUUUGUUCAGUUUGGCCGAACCGAUCGUGUCACUGGUGGUACAGGAGCUCUGGGUUUGGUUUUUGCCGAGUGGAUGUCUUCCUUGGGCGCAAGGCAUUUCGCCCUGCUCUCACGCAGUGGACAACCUCCAGCGGAUUCCAAGGCGGCAUUCCGGAAGUUGGAGCGCCAGUUCGCCAAGAUGGACAACGCAACAUUUUGUGCGACCAAGUGCGACAUCAGCUCCUUCUCAGAUGUGCAUCGGGUCUUCGAAGAUCUCAAGAAGACGCAUUUGGCGACUGGACAGAAGUUGCAGGUGAAGGGCAUCGUCCAUGCCGCGGGCACCCUGGCGGAUGGGUUGAUCAAAGACCAGAGCUCGCAGAACCUCAAGUUGGUCUGCUCGGCCAAGGUGGAUGGGUCUUUGAACCUCCAUGCAGCAGCCGUGGAUUUGGCCCUCCCUCUUGAGGAGAUGUGGUUGUUCUCCUCAGUGGCGGCCAUGAUCGGCUCUGUAGCACAAGGCAACUACUGUGCUGCCAAUGCCUUCAUGGACAGCUUCGGCUCGCGGCGGCGUGCACAGAAACUCCCCGCCAUCUCCCUGCAGUGGGGUCCCUGGGCGGAGGUCGGCAUGGCGGCACGUGCCGGCACCUCUGAAGGCAGCAUCGCGCGCUUAGACUUGGCACGAGGCUUGGAAGCCAUGGCGUUGGUGUUGGGUGCCAACAAUGCCCUGCGGCCUGCAGGCACGGUGGGCAUUGCUCGCAUCAAGUGGAAGUCUUUGUUGGGGCAGAUGCCCAAGGUCCCACCAGCACUGAGCAAAUUUGGCGGCAGUGUGGGUGGCAAGAAGUCGGCGGCGGCCGCUGGUGCGAUGGUUAGCGCCGAUGACAUCAAGGGCAUUGUGGUGGGUGUGCUUCAGGAUGUCUUGGAGGGCUCCGGCGAUUUAGAUCUCUCCACGCCAUUGAUGGAGAUGGGUCUGGAUUCCUUGGCAGGGGUGGAGUUCCGGAACCGCUUGCAGGCUUCCUUCGAAGGUUUGCAACUGUCUUCGACUCUGAUGUUCGAUUACCCCACCGUGCCCGAUUUAGUGGACUACAUCUAUCAACAGGUCGGCCCAGCAGAAGACGAGGUCGGCGCAGCGGGCGCGGGCGUUGUCAUGGACGCUGGCGCCAUGUUGGCCAUCGCCAGUCACGCGGGAAGAUAUCCAGGAUGCUUUACCAACAACGUGAAGGAAUACUGGCACAACAUGAGCAUGGGAUUGGACACGACCACCGAGUUGCCUCCAGAGCGCUGGGACAUGGACGCCUACUACGAUGCAGAUGUCGACGCGCCAGGCAAGACCUAUGUCCGCCUUGGCCACUUCAUUCCAGGCAUCGAGCACUUCGACGGAGACUUCUUCGGAGUGUCCGAGGCAGAGCUGCGGGCGAUGGAUCCUCACCAGUGCCGUUACGAGGCGUUCCAUGCAGGCGGCAUGGACAAGGAGUCCUUGCAGGGCCUGGACUGUGGUGUUUUCGUGGGCUGCUGUAACCUGGGUGGAAACGAUGUGGACCCCGAAGGGCUUGGGCCUUUCUCCAACAUUGGCUUCGCCUAUUCAGGGCUCUCAGGCCGCAUCUCGCACGUUUUCUCGCUCCGGGGUCCCUGCUUUACGGUGGACACCGCCUGUUCCUCCACCAUCGUGGCCUUGGAUUCCAGCUCUCAAGCUGUCAAGCUCAACAGGUGUCAGAGUGCGAUUGCCACCGGCGCGAACGUGCAGCUCUCUGGGUGCAUUUGGGUCGGUUUCUCCAAGAUGCGUGGCCUGGCCUUCGACGGACGCUGUAAGACCUUUGACCAGUCGGCGGAUGGCUUCGCGCGUGGCGAAGGCAUUGGCUCGGUGUGGAUCACCCGUGGCACUGGCACGGGAGAGAAUGAGCUGGUCUCCCUCACGGGUGUGGCCAUCAACCACGACGGCCGUGCAGCCACCAUCACCGCGCCCAACGGCACAGCGCAGCAGCGCGUGCUUCGCAGCGCGCUGGCGGAGCGACAGACCGCCGGGGAAGAUGUGACGAUGAUCGAGUGCCAUGGAACAGGCACUGCUUUGGGAGAUCCUAUUGAAGUGGGCGCUCAACGAGCCGUCUAUGGCAAAGGCCGUAGCGAGGCUCAGCCAUUGAUCCUGGCAGCCACAAAAAGCAACAUCGGACACUUGGAAGGCUCUGCCGGCGUGGCGGGCAUUUCGAAGGUCAUUUUGGCAAUUACCAAGGCACAAAUCACCCCGAAUUUGCAUUUGGAGACCUUGAAUCCCAACAUCGACCUGCCUCCUGGCGAGAUGAGCGCGCCAGACAAGCUGGUGGAGUGGAAGAGCGCAAGCCUUCGCUCUGGCGUGUCUUCCUUCGGCUUCUCCGGCACCAACGGUCAUGGCCUCAUGGAAGCUACCUUGGCCACCGAGGAGCCAGCACAGCGGGCGCCCAUGAAGUUUGCCCGCAAGGUGCUGAAGCCAUGGCGAGAAUGGAUGCAAACAGUGCUUUACUUGGAAGACUGGGUGCCAGCAGAUGUGGUCCAGACCACCUCGGUGAUGGAAGGCACCUCCGUCUUGGCGGAGCAGGGCUUGUCGGAUGCUCUUGUGAGGGCACUUCCCAAGGGUGUGGCGCUGCAACCGGGAACAGAGCCUGCGAAGAUGGCCGAGGCCAUGAAGAGCUGCGCGGUCUUCUACGCUCCCAUUGAAGUCUCCCAAGGAGAGCCGUCCACGAAGGCUUUGGAAGACCUCUUGAAAUUCCUCCAAGCAGCGGCCAUGGCGCCCGAGACCAAGCUACUGCUGGUGGUCACCAGGGGCGCCUUCGACGCGACACGUGCGAACUUCGAUGCCUCGAUCUCCCUGUGGGGCUUGGUGCGAUCUGCUCGGCUGGAGAUGCCACGGGUGGUCAUCAAGGCACUGGAUGUGCACAUGUCUCUGUCAGACGAGGACACUGCCAAGGCUAUCCUUGCUGAGCUCGCGGGCGCAGAGAGCGACGUGGAGGCCCAGCUGAGCAGAGAACGCGGGCGUUUGGUGCCCCGUGUGGUGGAGGCGCCGCAGGAGGCUCUCAACCUGCAGCGUCAGGAUGCGAUGCGGGACGGGCCCAACAGCUCAGCUGCUGAGGUGAAGAAGGGUGUCCAGCUGGUGACCGGUGGCCUGGGCGGCUUGGGCCUGGUAGCAGCUGAGGAGCUGGUGAUGCUGGGCGCGCCAGGCCUUUUGCUGACCUCUCGCAGCGGCCGUGUGGCCGAAGGUCAGAAACGCCUGCAGGAACAGCUGAGGACGGUGCAGGUCAAGGCCUGCGACAGCAGCAAGUCCAGCGAGGUCGCAAAACUCCUGCAGGAGGGAAAAGAAGCCAACGAUCCAGUCCGAGGCGUGGUGCAUGCAGCGGGCAUUCUCGACCGUUGCCCCCCCCUAACGGAGCUCGAUGCUGGGCGCAUGCAGAAGGUGCUGGGCCCCAAAGCCAGCGGAGCUUGGCACUUGCAGAUCUUGGGCACUGACUUAGAACUCUUCGUGCUCUUUAGCUCGGUCUCAGCCACUAUUGGCCUGGCUGGCGGAGCCUCCUAUGCUGCGGCCAACUGCUAUUUGGAUGGCUUGGCGGCCUGGCGUGAAGGCUUCCAUCAGCGCCGCGCUGUAAGCCUCAAGUGGGGCCCUGUCUCUGAGGUGGGUGUCACUGCGAAUGCGGGCAGUGACAACUUGGAAGCCAUGGCAUUGAAGACCUUGUCCCCAGCGCAGGUGGGUAGCGCCUUGCGCCUCACCUUGGCAGGGCCUUCACCCCGCUCCGAACUGCUGCUCGCGCGCGCAGACUGGCCGGCCUUCAUGCGCGAGGUCGGAAUGGAGAUUCCUCAGUUCAUGGACUUGGAGUCAAAAAGCACUGCAGCGGCCAGCUCAGGUGGUGGCGCAUCUUCUGCACUUGCGCUGCUGCCCCUCGAGGAGCGACAAAAGAAGGUCUUGGACUCCAUCCGUGCAGCGGCCUCUGGCAUGGGUCUGGAGAUGGAUGAUCACACACCUUUGAUGGAGGCAGGUAUCGACUCCCUCUCAGCGGUGGAGUUCCGCAACAAGGUGUCAAGCGAGUUCCGCUCCGUGCGCUUGCCGAGCACACUGAUGUUCGACUACCCCACCCUCACAGCCCUCGCGGACUAUGUCUCACAGCAGUUGCUCCCCGACACGGUGCCAGCAGCUGCAACAGUCGCCCCGACCACGCGUGCCCUGGCGCCAGCACGUGGCGCCGGCGUCAGCGAGCACGUGGCUGUCUUAGGCGGCGCUUGCCAUUUGCCAGGAGACAGCUGGUCCUUGGAGAAGUUUGAUUUCAUGCUCUCCAUGGGCGUUGAUUGUAGCGUGGAGAUGCCACACAGCAGGUGGGAUGUGGAUGAGUACUAUGAUCCAGAUGCAACUACAGGUCUCAAGAUGUACGUGCGACAUGCCGCCUUCAUCGAGGGCGUCGAACUCUUUGCUGCGACCACCUUUGGAAUCAACAAGGCUGAAGCGGAAACCAUGGACCCACAGCAGAGACAUUUGUUGGAAGCUGCAUUCGAAGCCCUUUCAGCUGGCGGGUUCAACAAGGGCAGCCUGAUGGGAAGCUUCGGGGGCGUGUUCGUGGGCCAGGACAAAUGUGAUUGGAACCGCAUGAUCACGGGAGCCCAAAGUGGUCCCUAUGCGGCUACCGGCGGCUCCUCCUCCAUCAGCGCCAAUCGAAUCAGCUACUCCUUGGGACUCAAGGGCCCCUCUGCAACCAUGGACACAGCCUGUUCCUCCUCCCUGGUGGCUGCAGAUACCGCAGCUGUGACUCUUCGAAGACGGCGAUGUGAUUUGGCGGUGGUUUGUGGUGUGAACAUGCUUCUUCUGCCGCAGACCUUUGUCGCGUGCUGCCAAGCGCAGAUGCUCUCGAAGGGCGGCCGCUGUAAGACCUUUGAUGAUAGUGCCAGUGGAUAUGCACGAGGCGAGGGAGUCGGAUCCCACGCCUUAGAACGUUUGGGCAGCUCCAGCCGCACCGCGAUCGCGGAGCUGAGGGGCUCGGCGCUAAACCAAGACGGAAGGAGCUCCAAUUUGACCUCGCCCAACGGACCGUCCCAGCAAGCUGUGGUGCUGUCCGCUUUGGCCGAAGCUCAACUGAAUCCUGCGAGCCAUGCAUGUGUUGAGACCCAUGGCACCGGUACCGCGCUGGGAGAUCCCAUGGAAGUCGGUGCACUGCAGACUGCAUUGGCCAACGGCCGUUCGGGUAGCGCGCCACUCCAGCUGGGUGCGGCCAAGACCAACGUGGGUCACCUCGAGGGCGGCGCAGGCAUGGUUGGCCUGCUGAAGUUGGCAUCCUUGUUGUCGCGCAACUGCUUGCCAGCAAACUUGCAUUUGCAUGAUCUCAACUCCCACAUUUUCGAAGACAUCGAAGACUUCCCAGUGCAGUUCCAAUCUGAAGCAUGCCCCAGUGGCUUCCCUGCUGCCUCUGUGUCCUCCUUUGGGUUUGGCGGCACCAACGGCCACGUGGUCCUGGCAGCGUCGGCGAAAGCAGAGAAGAAGAGGUCGACAGGCCGCAAGGCGCAGUCACUGAGCAGCGUGCCGAAGCGGGUGGCCUUCCUUUUCACAGGCCAGGGCUCGCAGUAUGUGAAGAUGGGCCAGGAGCUUUAUGGCUCGGAGCCGGUCUUCCGCGAGGCUGUGGACAAGUGUGCCGCGCUGCUGGAUAGUGAGCUGCCAAAGGCACUUUUGCAGGUCAUGCAUGCGGAGACGGAUGACGGCUUGCUUAAUCAGACUCAGUUUUCUCAGCCAGCCAUCUUCACUAUCGAAUAUGCCUUGGCAGAGCUUUGGCGUUCUCGAGGCCUUGAGCCUUGUGCGGUCUUGGGUCAUAGCGUGGGCGAGUAUGCGGCAGCCGUUUUGGCUGGGGUGCUCUCUUUGGAGGACGCCUGUCGCCUCAUUGCCCUCCGUGGGCGGCUCAUUGCUGAGAAGUGCGAGGCCGAGGUCGGCACCAUGUCGGCACUCUUCGCUCCAGAACAGGACGUGAAGAAGGCCAUCGCAGCCUCCAAGGUGGCCACCAGUGACGUGGCCAUCGCCGCGGUGAACGGGCCCAAGAUGACGGUGAUCAGCGGCCGUAAGGAGGCCGUGCAGAAGGUGGCCGAGACUUCUGGAGCAACCAGCCGACCGUUGACGGUGUCUCAUGCCUUCCAUUCGCCGCUGAUGCAGCCCAUGUUGGACGACUUUGGAGCAGAGGUCGCCAAGGUGACUUCGUUCGGCGAGUUGAAGGUGCCCUUCUUCUCUACCCUUUUGGGCCGCGCAGCGACCUCGGAAGACUUGUCUCAGGUGAAGUACUGGGUCGACCAUGUGAGCUCGGCUGUGCGCUUCACCGCCGGCAUGGAAGCCUUGGAAGAAGCAGAGAGCCCAAUGGUAUUCUUGGAGAUAGGUGCAACACCCACCUUGGUGGGCAUGGCCAAGCGAUUCCUCACCAGGAAAGAGGCGAAAUGGGUGGCAAGUUUGGAUCCCAAGGCAACGCCAAAGGAACAGGAGGCAAUCCAUAAGGCCGCUGAAGCAUGUGGCGCCUCCAGCACAUCGGGUGCAUCUGCAGAUGCUGCCGAGCGGCCAGCAGCGGCACCACUGUUGGAGCGCCAGGCCUAUCCUUGGCGCGAAGCCAGCCACCCCUUGCUGCGGCGCCGCACGGUGCGCGCGGAUGGCGCCACGGUGUUCGGGCGCCAGUUCGGUGGUCACGUCUUGGCGCUGCUGUCCCAUCACAUUGUCCAUGGAGAGGUGGUGGUCCCUGGAGCCUGUUAUCUGGAGAUGAUUGUGGCGGGAUGUACCACAUUUCUGGGUAACGAAGCCUGGUGCGUGGAGAACUUGGGCUUUGCGAAGCCUUUAGUGUUGAGGUUGCUGCCGGAUGGGUCUUUGGAAGAGCCCACGGAGCUUCGGUUGGUGAUCCGGCCUGACGGGCGUUUGGAGGUGGAGAGUGAGAUAGGCAGCGACCCCGAAGACAGCAUCAUCUCCGUCCACGUGGAAGCUACACUGGUCACCAAGAGCGGCCCAGAGGCGGUGGACAUCGACCUCAUGUACUCCUUUGGCCGAAAGUCUGGCUUGCCCUUGCAGCCACGUUUCCGCACCGUGCGGCAUGUGCAGAAAGGUGACCAGGAGUCCUUCGGGCGCCUGGAGAUGGAACGUGAUGGCACGCAACAAGGCUUCUGGCUGGGCCCCUCGUUGAUCGAUGGUUCCUUCCAAGCAUCAAUGGCCUUGGCCGACGCCGCCGUGGGCAUCGGAACCUUGAAGAUUCCACUCUCCAUCCGACGGCUGCAGCCAUGCGGACGUAAGUACUCGAUUGCAGUGUGGUCCUACUUCCAGUUGAUCGAUUUCACGGACCGCGGAAUUCAACCUCAUCGCUCGGCAGAGGCUAAUAACCCAAGGUACUGGAGCCGCUUCCUUUGUUGCCGCAGGGGCUGCGAGUUCAUCCGGGACUUUGAUGAGGAAGACGAGGAAGACGAGAUGGAAGUGGAUUUGAGGCCCAAGCGUGGAAACAUCGUUAUUUCUGAGGAAGAGUUCGAAAGCCUCCAACGCUUCAUUGCACAAAUGAUGCAGAAGACGCGACGCUCAGAGCUUCUGUAUUUCCUCGCGGUGCCCAGCAUUGCCACCAUUGGCGGAUUCUUCACAACGGCAGAGGAUGGAUUUCCCUUCAUCUUCUACGCAAUGUAUUUGCCUUUGCUCGUGAUCAGCAAGUCUUUGGAGGUCUUCUUGCUGAGAAGAUGGCAGCAGGUUGAUCUGACAUCUGCUGAAAUCCAAACACAACAGUGGGAGAGCAUGGGCUUUGGACACCCCAUUGCUUUGCUGAUCUGUGGCUCAUUGGAGCACGCGGAUUUGUUCUUGGAUGUCGUUUUCAUAGCGACCAGUGCCAGCUGUGGUUAUGUAAAGUUGAGUAUUGCUGCUGGGGUCACACUACUGCUGUCCGUGGCUGCUCAGUAUGUCUCUUCUGGAAUGUCAGCGUUGGCCAUGUGUGUGCGCGGUCGAAAUGUCUAUAUUCCUUUGGUGCAGGUGUGGGCUGCCAGCAGCACUCAAGGAAUGCAAUGGCUCGCAGCCACCUGUCGGAAGGCCCGCUUUGGCGACAGUGAGCACGAUAUGGGUUUGGAAGACAAUCGGACGAGCAACACGAUCAUUCUGGAGCAGAUUCCACAGAUGCUACUGCAAGCAACCUACUUCCGCUUCGUUUUAGUGGAGAUGAGUCUGCAAGCCAGACUGAAACAGUGGCUCUCCGUGGGCAUAUCCAUUGCCGUACUGCUGGCGAAGACCCGGAAGUGGCGCAAAUUCGCUGUUCCCGCUCGGCUGGGCUCCUUGCUGGUGGUGCUGCUGAUGUUCCCGGCAGAGAUGGAGGAGUGGCUCUAUGAUGUGCUGUGGCGACCAACUGAACUUCAGAGUAAGGGCGCGGCCCAAGCGCUGGUCUUGGGCAGCAGCAGCGCCCUGCAGAAGUUAAACGCUGAAGGCGUCCGCUGUGAGGAGCUUCCGAUGGAGGAGCAGGUGGUUCUGGCUGAUGGCCUUUUGACGCAAAGCGCUUGGGCAGAGACGCCACCGGUGGGAGCCCUGCCAGGCGGCGAGCUGAGCGAUGUGGCCGUGCUGAACCGGGCCAUGGCGCUGACAAAGGCCAUCGCCAAGAUGGGCGUCAAGGCACCGCUGUUGGUCUUCGCCACUUGGGGUGCCCAACCCUUGGCCUCCGAGGAGCUCCAUGCACGACGCGCAGGUCGUCCGGACCACAGCGGUUUGUGGGGCUUCGCGCGGGCAGUGCGGAUGGAAUACCCAGGUGCACUUCGCUUGACCUGUGUCGACUUGGAUGCGUCCAAGGCCAGCGCUUGGACGCAGCUCAAUGCGGCAGUGUCCUCCUUGGGCGACGAAGAGGAAGUGGCUUUGCGGGAAGAAGCGAAGUGUGCCAGGCUGGCCCGCUCGGUGGUGAAGUACACUGGUGCCCUGCGGCUAAACAUGCCCGCGCGCGGCUCACUGACUGGGCUGCGCUGCGUCCCCCAGGCAGAUACCGCAAAGGGCUCGGCUGUGGCGCCGACUAUGGCGCAGCUGAGAAUCCGAGCGGUGGGCUUGAACUUCCGAGAUGUGCUGAACGUCAUGGGCCUGUACCCCGGCGACCCCGGGCCGCCUGGUGCCGACUGCGGUGCCACCGUGCUGGGACUCGGGGAGAAUGUGAAGCACCUGCGCUUGGCGGAGGAUGUCUUUGGCGAGUCCCCGGGAUGUUUGAGCACCUACAACACUAGCUCGGCGGCCUUGCUGACCCAAAAGCCCAGCUCCUGGAGCUACGAAGAGGCCUGCUGCAUGCCAGUGAUCUUCGUGACUGUGGAAGAGGCCUUGGGAGAUCUGGCACAGUUGAAACGUGGGGAACGGGUGCUCAUCCAUGCUGCUGCUGGUGGCGUCGGCCUGGUGGCCAUCCAGUAUGCCAAGUUCAUUGGCGCAGAGGUCUAUGCCACAGCAGGCGCUGAGGAGAAGCACGAGUUCUUGAGAAAGAUGGGAGUGAAGUACAUUACGAGCAGCCGCAAUGGCAACAAGUUUGAGGAGGACAUGAAGAACUUCCUCAAGGAGCAGGGAGCAGAUGGCCUUGAUGUGGUGCUGAACAGUCUCAGCCACGACGACUACAUCGGCCGCUCCUUGGCGUUGCUGAAGCCUGGUGGUCGCUUCGUGGAGAUUGGCAAGCGAGGCAUUUGGAGCCACAAGCAGCUCCCUGGCCGCAGUCCAGAUGUGAUGUACGAGAAGAUCGCUGCAGACACCAUGAUGGAGAAGGAGCCUUGGCGCUACAACGCAUACUUGAAGCGCUUGCUGCAACGUGUGGAUGAGGGUGCUUUGCAACCGAUCAACAUGCACACCUUCGAGGGCCUCGAGAAGGGCGUCCAGGCGCUGCAGUUCUUACAGCGCGCCUCGAACAUCGGCAAGGUGGUCAUCAGCUCAGCCAGUCGCUUAGGCUGUGAUGCCUUCAGCAUGCCGCUGCUCUCGGGUGGCUUGGGCGCCUUGGGCGUGGUCACGGAUGUGGGUCCUCAGUGGUCUUGGCUCCAGAAAUGUGCCAUCGAGCUCAAGGUGGAGAAGUGCGAUGUGGGAGUGGAGGACUCCGUGGUGGCUCUCCGAGAUUCUUUGAAGAAGGGAGGAGUUCAGUUGGGUGCCUUGAUGCACCUCGCGGGCGUCUUGGCGGAUGGCGUUUUGCCGAGCCUGACCUUGGAGAGUUUGGAGAAGUCCUACGCGCCCAAGGUCCAUGGCUUGUUGCACCUUGCUCGACACCUGAACUUCCAGAAGACUGCCCCGCACUUGCUUUUCUCCUCCACGUCAGCCCUUUUUGGCUCGCCAGGACAAGCCAACUACUCGGCGUCCAAUUCCCUAUUGGACUCCUUGGCAGCCUUCUGGAGCUCUCAGGACCCGACGAGUAGCCUUUGGCGGAACGCUCGGUCGGUGCAAUGGGGGCCAUGGGCCGAAGUGGGCAUGGCGGUGCAGGCAAAUACUCUGGGACGAGCGAAGUCCAUGGGUGUUGGCGCGGUGACCAACUCCCAAGGGCUGGCGAUCAUGAACAGCAUUCUCUCCAGUUCCAAUCUGUUGGUUGGCGCUGUGCCUGUUCGAUGGGGCAAAUACUUGAAGAGCGCAUACCCCCAAGUGCCCAACUUCUUGAAAGACUUUGAGGCUGAGGCCAAGAAAGAGGCGGCGGAAGCUCGAGCUGCUCGAGGAGAGCGGGAGAGCGGCGGCGGUGCUGGGAUGGCGGCACUGGCGGGGCUCUCGCCUGAGGAGCGGCUGGAGGCAGGGUGCUGGGAUGUGCUGAGCCAGGCUGACAAGGCGGUGCGCCACACCUUGCGAGACCUGGCCCGAGAGGUGAUUGAUUCUGCAGACUUGGAAGCAGACAACCCCCUCAUGGAGUCUGGCAUGGAUUCGCUGUCAGGUGUCGAGUUCCGGAACCGCUUGCAGACGGAGUUCGAUGGAGUCAACUUGCCCAACUCCAUGGUCUUUGACUACCCCACAGUCACGGACCCUUGGGAUGCUGCAGACGGGGAGGGAGAGUUGGCUGGCUACAUCAACAGCCAACUGGGCGACAUCCCUUUGGAGGGUGCAGCUGCGCCAUCCGUCCCGGCAGAGCAAAGAUCGUCGGCGGCAGACACUUUCGUCGAAGCGCUGAAUGGUCAUUGCGUGAGCAAAGGCAUUGAGCUGGCAGAGUCUCGGCCCAUCUUCUUGGUGCCGGGCGCAGGCAUGCAGGCAGGCAGCUUCCGGGUUUUGGCCAACCGCUUGGGCGUCCCUGCUUACGGCCUCAGCUGGCCGCCUGGGCUUCCCCGAAGCCAGUGGCCCUCGAGUCUCCAGGAGCUCUCUGAGCACUUCUUCAGGGAGAUUCAGAAGGUGCAGCCUCAAGGGCCCUACAUUUUUGCGGGCCAUUCCUUUGGCACCUUGGUGGCUCACGAUGCUCCAUGGUUUUGCGAAUUGGGGAUCAAAAGUUUUGAUGACAAUGUUCACUUCCAGGAGGGGUUUAUUGGAUCCAAAUCCUUCCAAACUCCCUCAUACAAGUGGUCGUGUUCUUGCAUCUUCUUGCUUCCGCUUAGAACUCGUCGGGGUCAAAUGAAAUCACGAAUAGAAGGGUGUUGA